CAUCGAUACACGGUUUCGGGGGAGGAAACCGGGAGAAGAAAAGCACAAGACACCACCAAGCCCAGGUGUGGCGGUCUGACGCCUGCUGGAGGCGGGGCUUCCGAGACUGGCACUGAGGCUCGAGACUAAUACGAGUCUUGUCUCUUUUUUUUUUCUUAAGCCAAAACGAGAGGCGCUGUGUGGCGUAGCUCGUGGUACGUACUGAACACGUAUUCGCAGCACGUCCCUCCCUCUUUGUACUCCGUCGCACAACUCUGCGGUGCUUGUACUUGCACCCCUGGCGCAAUCCAGGAACCUCAAAACUUUAACAGCGAUCGACGCCAUUUACUCCUUUUCAACAAAUAAAGAAAAGUCGACGCGCGACCCGUUCUUUCGCAUGACUGGCUCUGUUGCGCAUCCAAGCUUCUUGCAUACCUAUCCAUUGAAGCAAUACUGCUACCGUGGCUUCUGCAAUCGCGGCUGCCUGACUGCUCCAUCGCUAUUUACACGUAUACAACAAAAAGCGACUCAUCUAGCUCGAGUCCCGUGCGACUAAUUCUAUUUAUACAACCCAUCACUACGCUCGAGAAAGAGAAGAAACACCAUCAACAAUGUCUCGCAUUCAGAUCCCUCUCGACCUCAUCACGUCCCGCCUCAACCUUGGAGAGCGCUUCCAAGGAUUGCGCGCGGGACCUCUGAGCGGUCGCUUCUCUAACCUGAGGCCAAUCUCCGAGUUUUUCGACUUCAAGCGCCUGUCCAAGCCCGCCAACUUUGGUGAGGUGCAGUCGCGUGUCAACUACAACCUGAGCCACUUCUCCAGCAACUAUGCCGUGGUUUUUGUCAUGCUCAGCCUGUACGCCCUGCUGACCAACUGGCUACUGAUGUUCGACAUCAUCCUGGUCGUCUUUGGCAUGUGGUUCAUUGGCAAAUUGGAUGGAAGAGAUUUGGAAAUCGGCAGCUUCAAGGCUACUUCGUCGCAGCUCUACACUGGACUCCUCGUUGUCAGCAUUCCCCUUGGACUGAUUGCCUCUCCCUUCUCUACCCUGCUCUGGUUAAUAGGUGCAUCUGGAACAGCAAUUAUUGGUCACGCAAGCUUUAUGGACAAGCCCAUCGAUGAGGCUUUUUCCGGGGAGGCGGUCUAAAUGGUCGGCCGCGAGCUCCCAAAUUUGCGCCCCAAUGGGGAAGACCAUCGCGGCGCGGGCGGAGGAAUACAAGUGGAGAUGCUGCGCACUACGAUGAAAGAGUCGAGGAGUUGGCCUCGAAUGACGAUGAUGAGGAUGGACAAGGGUCAAGGAACAGAGAAGGUGGCAUCGUGCGUCGCAAUCAGCGGCGAUACGAGUCGGGAGAUGAAGAGGAUAGCUCGUCUGGCGAUAGCUAUGACGAAGACUAUUCGGACGACCAGCAAGAUGAAGAAGAUGAGUGGGAAGCGGCCUUGGUGGAAAAGGCGCUCUAUCGAAUCAACAAGGCACAAGCCAAAGGGAGGACAGACGUCAGGCUUAGCAAAGAAGAGAUCAAAGCCCUCGAACGAAGGCAACAGCGCAUGGAGGCGGAGGAGCGAAGAAAUCGCCGGCGUCGCCAAGAGCGCGUGGCCAUACCGCUUUCUCAGUUUGGGUCAAUGGCUCGACUGGGAGGUUCUGAAUCCGGUUCCAAUCCGGUAUCAAGACAGCCCUCGGGAAGCGAGACGCAUGACGAGAUUUCUCCUCAGAUGGGAUACUUUCCCCCUCCAUCCGGUUCACGCCCUCGGCCAAAGUCUACAAUUUCUACAUCGCGGCCAACCAGCUUCCAUGAGGAGCCUCCCAGGGACCCCUUCAAGUACCAAACAGCUGGCCCUCGCGCCGCUACAAAUGCUGCUCCCAAGCGUCAUGGCUCUGGACAGUCUGAUUUAAGUUCCAUGUCACGACAGGGCCGACCUGAGUCCGUGUCUGAGUGGAGCCGGCAAGGAUCGUCUAGACGGCAGAGCUCUGAUGAUACAAGUGAAGAACUGGCAUUGGUAGAGGAACGUUCAAGCAGAACGGAGAGUUCGAGCAGAACAGCAAAGGGCAGAGAAGAAAUCGUGGUCGAGGUCGAGGUUGAAUCUCCUUCCGGGCCUGAACGGGCGCCAUCUCGCACGCGCUCGACAACCAGGAAGAAGUCUGACCCGGCACCAACGAGAAGGACAGUAUCAAGUAGGACAGGCACUGGGACUUCGGGGGCUUCUGCAGGCGUACGAAGGAAGAAGCGGGAAUAGAAAGCAAAAUGUUUGGCGUGCGCUACUGUUGGGUGUUUUGAUAUUUUUUUCGUUGCAGCAAGGAAAAAGAAUUGUUUGAUAUAGCUCGUAAAACCGAUGAAUAUAUGUUUGGACCAGGACAAGUAUCAACACCA